AUGUUCAAAUUCUCAACUAUUCAAUCAUUGUCAAAGGUUGCUUUGAGAUCAUACUCUACCACCGCCAACACUAGAGUCACAUUGAUUCCAGGUGAUGGUAUUGGACCAGAGAUUGCAGAGGCUGUCAAGACUAUUUUCUCGGCUGCCAAGGCACCAAUUGAAUGGGAAGAAGUCAAUGUCAACGCCCAAACUGGUGUUUCAACAGAGAUUAUCGAGUCGAUCAAGAGAAACAAGGUCGGUUUGAAGGGUCCAUUGGGUACCCCAAUCGGUACUGGUCAUCAAUCACUCAACUUGGCCCUCCGUAAGACAUUCAACUUGUACGCCAACGUACGUCCAUGUCUCUCAAUCCCAGGUUUCAAGACCCGUUACGAUGAUGUCGACACCGUCGUAAUCAGAGAAAACACCGAGGGUGAAUAUUCAGGUAUUGAAAACAUGCCAGUUAAGGGUGUUGCCCAAAGUAUUAAAGUCAUCACAAAGGAAGCUUCAGCAAGAGUUGCAAACUAUGCUUUCCAAUAUGCCUUGGCUAACGGUAGAAACAGAGUUACCUGUGUCCACAAGGCCAACAUCAUGAAACAAUCCGAUGGUCUCUUUGUCAAGACUUGCAGAGAGGUCUCAACUCGUUACCCAUCAAUUAAAUAUGAAGAAAUGGUUGUCGAUAACAAUUGUAUGCAAUUGGUAUUGAAUCCAUCACGUUUGGACGUUAUGGUUCUUCCAAAUUUGUAUGGUGAUAUUGUCAGUGAUUUGUGUGCCGGUUUGAUUGGUGGUCUCGGUUUGACACCAUCCGGUAACAUCGGUGAGAAUGGUACUGCCAUCUUUGAGGCCGUCCACGGUACCGCCCCAGAUAUUGCCGGUCAAGGUAAGGCUAACCCAACUGCCCUCCUCUUGUCAGGUAUCAUGAUGCUCCGUCAUCUCGGAUUGAACGAACAUGCCCAAAAGAUCGAAAAGGCUGUCCUCACCACCAUCUCUGAAGGUAAAUUCACCACCAAGGAUUUGGGUGGUAACGCUGGUACCGCCGAUUUCACCAAGGCUGUUUGCUCAAAAUUAAAUUAA